UGCAUUUCUGUCGCAGCCGACUAACCCGUUCGGCUUCCGCGCGCGGGUCCGGACGCCCCGCGAGCCCCCGCGGGAGCCGGGACGAACCAUCUGCACCCGCGGAGCGGGGGUGGCGGGUUCCUCCGCGCAGGAUCAGGGCCCGACAGAGGGAGCUCAGCAGCAGCGCAGCCCGCAGGCCGUCCUCGCAGGGCGGCCCGGGGGGGAUGGCUCUGCCGGGCGGGGCUGGAGCUGCGGGCGGGGGUCUGCGCCCCUCGCAGGGCCCCAUCCCCCUCUCCGCGGUGGACUCGGCCGCAAAUCUGGGGGCCCGCGUUCCCCGGGCUUGUUCCCUCCCGGAGGCGGCGAGGAGGUACCGCCGGCCCGGGCGACAGCGGCGCGCGUCCCACCUCUCCCGGUGGCCGCCCCUCGGGCUCGUUCUGCGCGGGGACCCGGCCCCCGGGCCUCCCCGGACAGCUUUCCGUGCCCGGCUCGCAUGGCGGACAGGACACUGGUGGUGGUGUUCGGGGCCACAGGAGCCCAGGGGGGCUCAGUGGCCCGGACACUCCUGGCAGAUGGUACGUUCAGGGUUCGAGUGGUGACCCGGGACCCUCGGCAGAAGGCAGCGAAGCAGCUGCGGCUGCAGGGUGCAGACGUGGUACAGGGAGACCAGGAUGACGAGGCCAGCAUGGAGCUGGCCCUGACUGGGGCUCACGCCGCCUUCAUCAUGACCAACUACUGGGAGAACUGCAGCCAAGAACAGGAGGUCAAGCAGGGAAAGCUGCUGGCGGAUCUGGCCAAGCGCCUGGGCCUUCACUACGUGGUCUUCAGUGGCCUGGAGAACAUCAAGAGGCUGACGGCAGGGAAGCUGGUGGCGCGCCACUUUGACGGCAAAGGGGAGGUGGAGGAGUAUUUCCGGGACAUCGGCGUUUCCAUGACCAGUGUGCGGCUGCCCUGCUAUUUCGAGAACCUCCUCUCCUACUUCUUGCCUCAGAAGGCCCCAGAUGGGAAGAGCUACCUGCUGAGCUUGCCCAUGGGUGACGUGCCCAUGGAUGGCAUGUCUGUGGCUGACCUGGGUCCUGUGGUGCUCAGCCUGCUGAAGAAGCCAGAAGAGUAUGUCGGCCAGAACAUCGGGCUCAGUACCUGCAAGCACACGGCAGAGGAAUAUGCUGCCCUGCUGUCCAAGCACACCGGGAAGGCUGUGCGCAACGCCCAGACCACCCCUGAGGACUACGAGAAGGGUGGCUUCCCUGGCGCCCAGGACCUGGCCAACAUGUUCCGCUUCUAUGCCCUGCAGCCAGACCGCAACAUCGAGCUGACGCUGAGGCUCAACCCAAAGGCCAGGACGUUGGACCAGUGGCUGGAGCAGCAUAAAGGGGACUUUGCUGGGCUGUGACCCUGACCAUACGUCAACACGGUCUGGAGGGCCAGGGGCACAGUCAGAGGCAUCCUUUCUUGUGUCAAAAAUUUUUUUUUCAGUAAAGGCUAUUGUUCCCCCGGG